CAAACAUGGAGUUAUAUCUAGCUUUAUCUGUACUUACGUUAGAAAAUAGUAUACGGGCAAGUCGUUUGGUAUACAAAAAUGGUAGUAGCUAUGUUGAGGAUAAUGACGCCCCAUAUUCGUCAAUCAACAUUGAAAACUAUAUCAUUGGUCCUUUUAAAAUAUGGCACGUGGGUGGAAUGGUCAUCAGUUUCAUAAUGGCAAUAGUUAUUGUAUUCUGUUGUUGUAAUGAAGUGAGGAUUCCUCGAACUAAGCAAGAAAUUGAAGCUAGAUAUAAACAAAAACAGAUUUGCUCUAAACUAGAAGGACCAUUCUUUUCAUUAAGUAGAGAUGGCUAUAAGACGUACAUAGAACAUGUCACAACACAGACUAUGGGCAAAAAGCGAAAUAAAAAUAAUAAUGUCAGUCUUCCUAAAGCAAAUAUAAAAGGUAUUAUAAACAAAGAUGGUGAUACAUCCAAGGAACAUCUAGUAUCCAAAUGGAAAGCUGUGUCAAAGUCGCUUAAAACAAUUUCAGAAGACAUUCAAAGUGACGAGUACAUGACUUCAGGACUAAAACCGUCUAACAUAGGUCUACGUGGACAAUUGCAAAGACCAAGUCAAGGAAAUGUAUUAAGAGUUUUGAAGUCUGUUACAUCUGCCAGAAACAUUAAUGAUUGUCCUACUGUCGUUGGAGUAGAAGAAUAA